CGGGAAGUUUAAAUAGCUCAUCUUAAAGGGUUAGAGUGUUUUCAUUGUUAGUCUACGUGUGAUAGAAGGUGCUUGCCUUGUGGUAAAAUGGUGCGCACUAAGGCUGACAGUGUUGGUGGCUCUGGCAGCUAUAGAAAAGCUGUUGCAGCCAGAGCUCCACGAAAAGCAUUUGGAAGCAGCUCCAGUUCCUCAAACAGUGUGACGUCUCCAACAAGUGGAAAAAAAUCUGAAAGCAAGUAUGCUGGAGGCAAUCCUGUCUGUGUUCGACCCACACCCACAUGGCAGAAAGGCAUAGGAGAAUUCUUUGGGAAUCCAUCCACAAGUCAACCUGAGAAAGAGAAUUGUGUGCCCUCUGAUGAUGAAGAGGCUGGUGGCAGUGGAGUUGGAAAAGCACCCAGAAAAUCACGUCCUUUGCCUCAAGAUCCUUCAGAUGAUGCUGGCUCUGAUGAUGAGUGAGACAUUCCAUGAACAAUAUGUCAAUUUUGUAUAUUUGUAAAUAAAGUUUAUAUUCUUAGCUUCAUGUACAUAUCCUUGAAUAUAUCUUACAGAACAUGUCACUAAACUUAUGGUUCAACAUCCUGUCUUUUUUUUAAUAAAAUUUCUAAUCUGUUAAUACAUUC